CAGAGAGAAGAGGAUACAACUGCACAGAACCAAAGCCAGCACUGUCAUAACACCCAGAAACAGGAGCUAUACCAUCAGUGGCACUAUUGGAUACAAACAAUACUCAGUUACCUAAGGCUGGUGGACACACAGAUUAAAACUGUGUGUGUAAGUGGGAGAAACGGAAAGAGGCAGUGAAUGUGUGCAUUUGAAAAGAGGAAGCACAGAGGAAUACAACCCUGGAUCAGUGUGGUUAAUGAGAACAGUAGGAAAAAAUGAGUCUUGACCCUGUGCUGGUCAUGAAGGGGCAAGAUCCGAUGCCCAACACCUGUCCGUCAACCUCAAAUGGUGAUAGUAAAUCAUCCUGGGAAGACAGCAAGGAUAUCCAUGACAAUGUGGGUUCUAUAAAGAAGCCCAAAUCAGGACCAGUGAGACGGACCAGGAAGGUGGAGGGAGGCAUAUUCUUUCCCAAACCAGAGAACGCGGUCACCAUAGCAGUGUCAUCGCGGGUGCUGUUUCGCACAGAGAAAGAGCAGAAGGUAUAUGAACAGAAAGGAAUCGAGGAGUACCUCAGGUAUCAGGUGGAACAUGAGAACGAGCCUUUUGCUCCUGGUCCAGCAUUCCCAUUUGUUAAGGCACUGGAGACUGUGAAUAACCGGUUACGAGAGCUAUAUCCAGACAGCGAGGAGUUGUUUGACAUUGUGCUGGUAACUUACAACCAUGCCCAUGUUGGGGUGAGACUCAUCAACACCAUCAACUACCACAAUCUAUUCAUUGAGCGGUUCUGCAUGACAGGAGGGAGCAGUCCCAUUGGGUACCUAAAAGCAUGGCAAACAAACCUGUAUCUGUCUGCUGAUGCUGAAAAGGUUCAGGAAGCUCUCGCUGAAGGGAUUGCAGCAGCCACCAUGUUUAUGACGGAAAAACAAACAGAGGUGUCAGAGACCCAGCUGAGAGUGGCAUUCGAUGGUGAUGCUGUUCUCUUCUCUGAUGAGUCUGAGCGUAUUUUUAAAGCCCAUGGUCUGGACAAGUUCUUCGAGCAUGAGAGGGAAAAUGAAAACACAUUGUUAGAUCAUGGCCCACUGAAGAGUUUCCUGGAAGUACUUGGAAAGCUUCAGAAGAAAUUCUAUGCUAAAGGCUAUCGUAUGGACUGUCCCAUCCGCACCUAUCUCGUGACCGCCCGCAGUGCAGCAAGCUCAGGCAUUCGUGCCUUAAAAACUCUCCGCGCCUGGGGACUAGAGACCGAUGAGGCUGUUUUCCUGGCUGGGGCACCUAAAGGCCCCAUGCUAGAGAAAAUACGGCCCCACAUCUACUUUGAUGACCAGAUGUUCCAUGUGGAGGGGGCUGCAGAGAUGGGUGCGAUUGCUGCUCACGUGCCAUAUGGGAUUGCACAGAAAUGCCCUCAUAAGAAAAUUGCAAAUAGUGCAAAAUAACAGGCUGGAAAAAAAUGAGGAGAUGCCAUAGGCAACAUAUGGCAAAUGUCCUUCUUGUUUUGGUAGAGACUCUUAAGUGGGAGACAUCCUUAUUUUGUAAACUCAGUUAUGCACACAUUGGAUCAGGACAGAUCUCUUUUUUGGCCUUAUUUUUAUGUGAACUAUGCAAGGCCUCACAACUACUCAUUGGCAUAUACUAAACUGAAGAUUAUUUUGGAGAGCUUUCAGCUUGCAUCCAUAUGACUCCAGUGGUUAAAUCCAUAUCUUCAGAAGCGAAAAGAUAGGUGUGUGUGAGAAACUUGUUAAUAUUUAAGUGCUUUUUACUUUACAUUCUCCACCUGCCCUCAAGGUGGCGAUAUGCACGAAGAAUGCGAAUGGCCAAAAACAAAAGGAAAAUGUGGAAAUGAAGGUGGAGAUUGAUAGUAAAAAAUGGACUUAAAAUAGAUAUUUUUCCUCACCCACACCUAUCAUAUCUCUUCAGAAGACAAAGUUUAACCACUGGAGUUUGAUGGAUUAUAUGAUGACUUUAUGUGCUUUUUGGAGCUUCAAAAUUUUGGUCACCAUUCAAUUGCAUUGUGUGGACCUACAAAGCUGUAGAUUCUUCUUCUAAAAAUUUGAAUUUUUGGGUGAAUUAUCCCUUUAAAUAGUAAUGAAUGGCAUAUUCUCAUCUGUAAAGUCAAAAAGUACUUUUCUGUUUAUUUUGUCUGCAUAUAAUAUAUUUUGUUGACAGAAAUAAUGCCUCAUGGGUUGAUCCAGAUGUGCCCACAGGCCUUAUUAAUAAAAAUAUAUGUGAUCAACUAAUGUACUUAUUUAUUCCCAGCUCAGACAAUUUGAAAUAUUUGGGCAUAUAUCUGUUUAUGAUAAAGUGAAGAAAGUCGCUUUCUUGUUCAAAAUAUAGAAACAAAACAUCUAAACAGCUUAAAAUAUCUACAGACAGGGCGAUCCAUUAAUCAUGCAGUUAAUUUACCUUCUUUUUUUUUUUACAUAUAAUCCUUGUAUAAGCAUACAGAUAAAAGUAAAAAAAAAAAAAAGUUACAACAGUUCAAAGAACAAGUACAUUUUUUCAAAAUUUGGAAAAACUAAGGACGGUCAUAAAAAACAUAUUUGUGCAUGGAACUACUUUCUUACGCGACCAAUCUGCCAUUGCUUGUUCAAAACAAAUGAUGCGUCCAAGCCUCCAUUAGUAAUUAAAAAAUUUCACUUCAGAAAUAGUAUGUGUGUGUGUGUGUGUGUGAGAGAGAGAGAGAGAGACAUGGAGCUAGUGCGAUCACCUGUUGCCACACCCAAGCAGAGACAUAGUCAGCUAUCUGAAGAUCAGCUUUCGCAAUGGUAAAAUAGCAAUCCAAGCGGGGGUAUUUCUCCCUAUUUCACGGUAGCCGGUGCGCAAGAGUCGAUCACUAUAGAAACCGCAAUGUCCUCCGCCAUUUUAAACAGCACCCAUUGUGUUAUUAAUCAGUCUGUUAUGUCUCUCAGUUGUGAUGAGUGUAAAUGCUGAAGUUGUUCGUUUAAAGUAAUUUAAAGCUAUUUCCUAGCUUUAGUAGCAUAGUAUAGUAAGUGUAGUAAGCGAUCACAAAGAGCUGUUGUAUGUAAACGGUGUGACGUGGAUUCACUUCACUAAACAUAAAAAUAAUCUUUUGCCACCACCUGCUGGCUAACAUAUGUAAUGUCAAAAAAGAAAAAAGACAAACCAUAGCUCUUAACAGAUCUGCACUGCUCUUACACUUUAGUUUAGAACAGCAUGAACACAAGUGGAGUGAUACACACACAGUGAAGCGUCCGAGUGCUAAUGGUGUAAGACAAUCAGUGCUCAUGGAACGCCUCUUGUCCAAUCAGAUUCGAGGAC